AUGUUUUGGGCUUGUCGAGAAAGUCUACACUCGAUUAUCAUCCUACCAACAAAACUGGUGUCAAAUUGCCUUUUGACGGACCAUCCAUUUACCAACAGUCCCAUUCAGCUCACUCGUCUUUGACUUUGAGUCCUAUCUCCGAUAUCUCCGCCAUUUCUUCUCUUCAAAUAGUAGAGAGUCAAGUAGAGAGACACAGGUUGUGUGUGUUUAAUUGAUCUGUGAACUUGAACACUUAUUCUUUAAAUUCAGAGAAUUUCGAUCCUUAUUUGAUCGGUGAACUAGGGUUUUGUGAAUCUAUGAAGUUGAACGGAGAGAUUUCAUACAAUACAGACGGUGAAGAAGACGAGAUAUUAAACGAAGUGAAUUCGCACAAGUUCCCGAUCGGUUUUGUCUCUCCUCAGCCACCAAAACUCAUAGUCGGUUACGCUCUCACCUCGAAGAAGAAGAAGAGCUUCUUACAACCCAAACUCGUUGCCUUAGCUCGAAAUAAAGGAAUAUUAUUUGUUGGCAUCGAUCUGAACAGGUCAUUGUCAGAUCAAGGUCCUUUUGACGUCGUUUUACACAAGUUGUUGGGGCAGGAGUGGUUCCAAAUUAUUCAGGAUUACCGACAAAAACAUCCUGAAGUUACCGUCCUUGAUCCUCCAGAUGCCAUAGGACGUAUCAACAACCGUCAGUCCAUGCUUGAGCAUGUAGCAAAUCUGAACUUGCCUUACUGCUAUGGCAAAGUUGGUGUUCCAAGGCAAUUGGUCAUCAGAAAAGAUCCUUCAUCCAUCCCCGAUGCAGUAACAAAAGCAGGACUGAGACUACCUCUAGGUAUGUUUCUAAGGUUCCUGUGUCUCUGGUUGCAAGAGUUUCAAGUUUCUCAAACAGACAGACUAAAAAGAGGGAUUAAAGAAACACGUCUCUUGAACAAACUCUGAAUAUUAUUGGCAAGGGCAUUAAUAUAUUAGUGAAGAGAAUCAUAUUUGCGUCAUGAGGUUAGUACUCAUAUUGGGCAAUGGGCUUAAUCUCAUAGUACUGAUAGUAGAUCCAUGAUGAUCGGUGAUGAGUGACGACAUGCCGGAAGCUAUGAGAUCAGUCAUGUAGGGUUUCUCUGAUGCUCCUUUCCAAACUGAAGAUUUUUUUAUG